UAAGUGACCUAUCACAAUAUUUUGAUACCGAAUCAUAUUGUUUUUCUCCUUAAAUAAAGAUUUCAUCAGAUUUUAGUCGUGGGAUCGUUAUGUAUUACACCUACUCUUAAAAAAAGACGAUUUCAUGCUCUUUGUGGUUACUCUUGUUGAGUAGUCAAAAUUGUAAAAAGCUCUAUGAAACCUUUGGACCUUAUUGUAAUUCGGAUGUCUAUGCCUAUAUAUGUUGAAGAAUAAUUGAGUCAAUUGUUAGUUUGUUGGAGAAAGUUAGACAGUGCACUUGUUUUAACCGUAGAUAUAAACCUCUUUAUUUAUUUAAAAAUGUCUGAAAAGUCUUUGAUUCCUUCCACGGUGAAUCCAGAUCUACAAAAAGAACGCAAUUCAGCCAGCUUUAAUGUGGAAGAAUUUGCAACGUGGUGGCAUGGUGGCGCAGAAAAACUGAAAUUCAAAAGAGAAUUGGAAAAUUAUAUGUUCAAGGACAUGGAAGAGGACAAUCAUUUAACUCAAUAUAAGUCCCAUGCAGACAUAUACGAACAAGCAGUGAAGCAAGCAAUUGAUGCUGCGAAAAAGUUGCGUAAACUGCAAGAAGAACGAAACCCGGGAGGAAUUGACAUUUGGCCUGAACUUUAUAAUUCUUCAUUACUCUGGGGUGCUAUGCCGGCCGGUAACCCAUUUGGUGUACAAUUCGUUAUGUUGGUCACAGCACUUAAAGCACAAGGCACUGAUGAACAAUAUGCAGAUUUUGGUAAACGCGCUGCUAAUUUCGAAAUAUGUGGCACAUAUGCACAAACUGAACUCGGUCAUGGCACAUUUUUGAGAGGUUUGGAAACCAGAGCCGAUUAUGAUCGUAAAACUGAUGAAUUUAUUUUAAAUUCACCGACAUUAUCAUCUUACAAAUGGUGGCCUGGUGGUUUGGGACAUUCUUCUAAUUACUGCAUUGUGGUAGCACAACUUUUUAUAGACAACGAAGCGAAAGGAGUAGAAAUGUUUUUUGUCCAAGUACGUGAUGAGGAAACACAUAUGCCAUUGCCUGGCAUUGAUAUCGGUGAAAUUGGCAAAAAAGUAGGUUUCUUCGGUGUAAACAAUGGGUAUUUGGGUUUAAAGAAUGUUAGAAUCCCACGUACAAAAAUGUUAAUGAGAAAUGCUAAAGUAUUUUCUGAUGGUACGUUUGUAAAAAGUCCUGCAUCUGUACUCACAUACUUCACAAUGGUUUCGGUACGUUGUAUAAUUGCUAGAGAUGAUGCAAUAAUGUUAACUAUGGCUGCAACGAUUGCUACUCGUUAUUCGGCUGUUCGAAGACAAAGUCCAAUAAAUCCAAACGAUCCUGAGCCACAAAUUAUAGAUCAUGUGACACAACAAUUGAAACUAUUUCCUGAAAUUGCUACUGGAGUUGCAUAUCGUCUAGCUUCGGAUUAUUUAAUGUCUUUGUUUGAUAUAACCUCAAACGAAAUUGAGCGCGGUGAAUAUGGUCGAUUACCAGAAAUGCAUGCUUUAUCUUGUAUAUUGAAAGUACUUUGCUCCUAUGAUGCCACUGAAGGUGUAGAACGUUUGCGUUUGGCUUGUGGUGGACAUGGUUACUUAACAUCUGCUCAUUUGGCUACUUUGUACGUUUAUGCCACAGCUUCUAUAACUUAUGAAGGUGAAAACACCGUCUUGUUAUUACAAGUGGGGAGAUUUUUAAUGAAAACAUGGCGAAACGCUAUUUCUGGUAAACCUCUGUCACCUACAACCAGUUACUUAGUUGAUAUUGUAAAAAAUAAUAGUGUUGAAAAAUGGUCCGGUACUUGGGAAAACAUGGUGAAACAUUUGGAAUUCGUAGCAGCAAAUAAAACGCGAACUGCAUUUGAGAGUUUAACGCAACGGUUAAAAGCUGGACAAUCUGAGGCUGAGGCUGCAAAUAACACUGGCAUCGAGCUCAUCCAGGCUGCUGAGUCGCAUGGACGUGCUUUUGUGUGUGCCACUUUCCUAGCACAGGUUAGGCAAUUGCAACAAAAACAAUCCUCUCCAGCUUUGCAAAAAGUAAUGGGAAAUCUUUUGGAAUUAUAUUUAGUCAAUACUGUAUUAAAGCAAAUGACAAAUAUUUUGAGAUUCGUUAGAUUAAGUGAAACAGAAUUAAGAACAUUGCAAACACGUUUGGAAAAAGCUCUAAUAGAUUUACGUCCUGAUGCCGUAGCCAUUUGUGAUGGUUUUGAUUAUCAUGACCGUACCUUAAGUUCAACAUUGGGCUCCUACGAUGGCAAUGUUUAUGAACGUCUUUUUGAAGCGGCUAAGAAAAGCCCAUUAAAUCAACAACCUGUACCAAAAGCUUUUCACGAACACUUGAAACCAUUUAUGAAAUCUAAUCUAUAAAACACAUAUAAUUUAAAAAUUUAUUAACGAAAAUUUGCCACUUUUUUAUAUAUAUCCAAUUCUCCUAUACAUAAUAAAAGACAUGAU